UGUCAUGAGUCAACAAGCUUCCAAAAUGUCAACUUGCCUCGGCGAGUCCGAAGAGUUAAAAAAGCCUAGCAAAAUCUCGGGAUCCCGUCGCGUUCAACAUUCGGAUUUAUCGCGUUUAGAGCUCCUGAUACGUCCGACGACUCACGAAAUUUUCGGGAAUGUGAAAUUGGAACAACUCUACGAGACUUCCUGCCUCUCAGUGAUCCAACACAACGAGAGACGUGACGUCAUUUCGGGGAUAUGCCUCUGCAAUUACCCCAAUAUACCGUCCGUGUCACUGGACGAUUGGUUGACCUGGUUAAAAACAAUUUACGGGAUUCCCGCUGCUACGGAACAGAACACAAUGUUCAUACACUUGCUCGUAUGGGAUGAGCUCUACUCGAACGAGUUUCUUGGAGAGCUAUUGGCUGCGGUGUUUGACAACAUUACCUAUUGCCAAUACGUGGUUCUCGUAAUUCCAUCCCAAGUUAAACCAGUGCAUUUGAGCGUGUUCGAGCGAGAGAUGACUAAAGUCUUGGCCAAAACUGAUGUGCGAGACAUCGCGCUGCAAUUUCUCUAUCUGACUAAUCGACAUCGAUUACGUCCAAAGUUGAAAAUACGGAGAGUUGUAGAGGAGGAUAACGACGAUGUAAUUGCGAUUAUCGACGGCGAGGGUACGCAUCUAAAGGAGCUUUAUGGAGAGUAUUGUAUUAGUGAGAUGAUUCGUCAUCCGAGCAGUUGUCGUCAAUUGAUCAUCGGAGAGGAUACCAACGGCUCGGCAGUGGGUGUCAUGUGUCUCAAUACUACGAUUGACAUCGAUCUGCUUAACGAGAAUUUUGAAUUAAUGCCAUACAAUGGUUUGAAAAAAUCACGGGAAAAUGAUCGUACUGUUGGACGUAACAAGACGAUGCAAUCUCAAUUCGUUCACCAUGUUUUCCCGACGCCGGAUGGCGAAAUAAAUGCCUUCGUUUUGGAGAUGUUUGCGACGCGCGAUGAAAUGAGGCCUCACUGGUCCCACGAUUUCUUGGAGGCUGCUUUCAAUUGCUUCCCGCAUUUAGAGUACUGCGCGAUUCUUCUUCCUUUCUCACAUCCGUGCCAUCAAUUCCUUCAACAUUUUGUGCGCGUACCGUUGAGAUGUAAUAGAGAUUUCCCUAUGACGGUGUACGUUCUACACCGAGCAGUUGUUUGCGAGGAGUUGACGUGUCGCCGUGCCCGAACACAAGACCGUGAAGCUAUAGAGAGACUCUUGUUCACUACAUCAACAAAACGCGAGGUCUUGGCUGAUUUUGAUUUUGCCGUGAAUCCUCUACAAGCUGUACAGCGUGAUUGUUUCGUCUUUGAAAGUAACGAUACAAUGCUGGGGCUCGCUAUACUGUGGUUAUUACAGGAUUACGUGUCUGUGCAGAGUAUUCCUCAAAAUGAUUACGGACGUCUCUUGCAUUUUGUUCUUAUGCCAAUUUUUUCCGCUUACCAUCGCUUCUUCUUCUGCGAGAUCGCACGUUUAAGCGAGUUAACGGUAAUCUUUUAUCGGCUUCAUCACAAAGAUGAGACUGUAUUGGAGAAUUCCAUGAUGGCCGCUGUCCGAGAAUCGGCGAUGCUGGAAAGAUUGGUGCAACUUGUGGAAGAUCAGGCGAAACGUAUAGACAAGAUCGAGGUUAGGUUACCCGACGACAGUCGUCACCCGGACGUUCCAUCGCCGCAACCACUUCGAGCAUCUCAUCAGCGGUCGGGGGAACAGACGGUUUCCUUAAACCGGGGCUCUGUACCAGCAACACAAGGUCCAAAUUCAUCUGUUUUAAAAAGGGACGAGCAUCAAGCGGCUUCUCAGUCGCAAGUCGCAGCCUGUCUAAAUGCUCUAGGCACCGGCCUCUCCACUCAUGACCUUGGAUCCAACGCUGCUAGGCUCGGCGGAGACGGCCAUUGGCCAGAUAGCGCACGCCGUAAAACUACGGCAGACUCUGCCCCAAUAGACGAAUGGCUCUUCGGAACCUCGUUCGCAGAGGAUAUAAAGGACGCUCAAGCCUGCGAAAAGGAAAUACCUCUCAUGUUCGACUCGGUGCGACAAUCGGUGUCCAUUUCAGAAUCCCGGCGUAAAAGUCUUCUUGCGAAGCUUAUCAAUAUGGAGAAAAAACCCUCUUGUACAAUUAGAAAUUUUGCCAGCUUGAUCGGCUCACUAAUAUCUGUGUGCCCGGCGGUGCAGUAUGGCCUCUUGUAUACGAAAACCCUUGAGAGGGAGAAAUUCCACGCCCUGUUACGCUCGAAUUCCGACUUCUCGGCCAAGAUGUGCCUGCCAUCGUCCCUCCGAAGCGAUUUUCUCUGGUGGCAUAGAAUCUUAUCCGAUCCGGAACAAUUGAAUACAAUCCGCUCAGGCCAAUUCACACUCGAAUUAUUUUCAGAUGCCUCUCUAAACGGUUGGGGAGCGGCCAGUGGUAUGCAGCGUUCACAUGGUUGGUGGACGACAGAGGAGAGAGCCCUUCACAUUAACGCCCUGGAACUGAAGGCGGCCUUUAUCGGUUUGAAGUGCUUUGCCGCGGAUCUGAGAGACGCAAACGUCUUACUUCGCAUUGAUAAUACGACGGCGAUCUCAUACAUCAAUCGCUAUGGGUCGGUCAAAUUUCCUCAUCUCACAGCUUUGGCCAAGGAGAUCUGGCAGUGGUGCGAAAGCAGGAAUUUAUUUUUGUUCGCGUCUUACAUUUCCUCGGCGGACAACUUCAUAGCCGACGAAGAAUCUCGACGCACGGAUGUUGAUACAGAAUGGUCUCUGUCUGCCUCCGCUUUCGACGUCAUCCGCCAAAGAUUUGGCCAAUUUGAGAUCGACCUAUUCGCUUCUAUCCUGAACGCGAAGUGUGAACGUUAUUUAUCUUGGUUCCCGGACCCUGGCGCUUGGGCGGUCGAUGCCUUUACCAUCACCUGGAAUUCGGGAUCAUCACCCGGCCCAUCGGACACUUUCCUUGGCAGCCGGACUCUUAUCAGGAGAUCUUUCGAAGCUCGGGGGGUCCCGGACUCCGCCCUAGAUACCUGCUUGGCUUCUCUAGCCCCGUCAACAAUCCAACAAUAUACCAGGCCCCUACGCGACUGGUGGAAUUUCUGCCAGAAUCGCCAGCUCUCGCCUUUUACUCCCACAGCGGGAGUAGCCUUGGAAUUCCUCGCCUUGGCUUUGGAGUCGUCGGCGAAGACCCUCUUAUUAAACGUUUCUGCAAAGGAGUCUCAGCGUCCAAGAUACGAUUACGUCUGGGAUCCCGCUCCCGUAAUCAAGAAAUUAGCCUCGGAAUUUCCUCAUCAGAAUCUCCCCUUGGAUAGGCUUACCAGAAAGCUCGUAAUGCUUCUCGCAUUAAGCACAGGACAGCGCUGCCAAACUCUCGCAGCAAUAAAGAUUUCACAAAUUUUUGAAGAAAAUCGGGCACUCAUUCGGAUUCUUGACAAAUUAAAAACUUCCGCGCCGGGAAGCCCUCAGCCACUUCUGUCCAUACCUAAAUUUGGAAAUCACGAGGAACUUUGCGUCGUAGGCUUACUGUCUAUAUACACCGAGAAGACCAAGGACAUCCGCCCACCUACAUGUGAUUCCCUGCUGAUCGCACUGAAACAACCGCACGAAGCAGUGGGCGCUCCAACAGUCAGCCGUUGGCUUAGAACUACACUGUCCGAAUGCGGAGUAAGCGACGCCUUUUCGGCUCAUAGUACACGACAUGCAGCGACCUCUAAAGCUGCAAACAAGGGAGUUCCAUUGGAGCUGAUCAAGAAGGCAGCAGGCUGGUCAGGGGAAUCGCGAACGUGGAUAUAUCCUUUGGUAUCCUGUUUGAACGAUAUGAUUCCGGUUGAUCCCCGUAGACAAGCUGAAUAUGAGUUUCCGAUUGUUCAGCAAAACUUCAAUAGCUGUGAAAAUAAUACAAAAUGUGAAAGAAAUGAUGUUGCGAACGAUGAAUUUUCUCUAUUUAUAACAUCACCGAGAAUAGCCAUGAUGCCACGUACAAUUAUCGAUACGAGGAUCGUUAUCGUUGGAGCAUCAGACUGCGGAAUUGCUUUCGCAGAGUAUCUGGCUUUACGAUUAACGCAGCGUUAUACACAAUUGACAAAUCUUACGUUAAUAUCGCCGCAUGGUAUACCAUUUGAUAACGAAUCGGGUCGUUCAAACUAUUGUGAGUACUUGUUUCCAUUCCGAGGAAGGUUUCAUUCGGGAUAUCGUCGCUGUGUAGUCGCACGGACUUGGCUUAACAUCAUCUACGGAACUAUGGCAGCGAUCAACAGGAGGGAGAAAUAUGUGACUGUGAUGAAUCAAGGAAAUUUCGCGUACGAUUAUUUGGUUUUAGCGUGUGGCUUACAGUAUCAGAACUCGACAUUAUGGGAGAAAAUAAAAAUGAAAAAGAAAGAAAGAAACAAGGUACAAAACCAAACGCCAUGGAAUUGUCUGACCGUAAACAACGAUACGGAAGCUUUCACUUGCUUCAGAAAGAUUCGAUGGUUAACAGGGGAUUUUAAAAAAAGAAAAGCGAUAUUUUUUUACGGACGUAAUAUCGAUUGCUACUGUACACUUGGUGGUUUAAUCAAACUCGGAGUAAAGCCUUCAUGGAUCACGUUGAUUGAGCCGAGCUCUUUCAAUUCCUGCAAAACGCACAACCAAGCUUUCUUUCACAAUUACGAAGUGAACAAAGUGGUGACAAAUGCCAUUUUACAAAGUGGAGUUCAAGUUUUUUCCGAAUGGACCGUGAUCGAUUGGACUCUGAUGGAAAAUGAUGAUGCAAAGAUCAUGAUCAAGAGUAUUACGAUUAAAAAAGUGGAAGAAAAAAAAAAGUUGACUUGCGACGCUCUUUUCAAUUUCUACGAGAAAACGAUCGAUUUAAACACAUUUUUAGCGUUUUGUCGAGCUGGUCUCAUUUUCGAUGGUUCAUUAGUAAUAGACCCGGAAUAUCGCACCAACGAUCCGUUUAUUUUCGCCGCUGGUACCGUGACGAAAUAUUCCCGAAAAUUUUACGCCGACGUCUGGCAGCACAAAUAUUACAAUAGCAUGGAAAUUGGAGAGAGACUCGCUCAAAUUUUAUGGAAAGUGAUUGAGUGGAAUGUGCAAGUUCCCGAGCAAAUAUCAAAAAAGAAAGAGAAGAUCAUGCAUUUGACAUCAUUGACAUUCCGUGCACCUAUCAUAACCGCUUGCAUUUUGCCAGGUGAUUAUCAUUACUUGCAUGUAUGUAAACCCGGAAAAGCAACGUGGGAUAACACGACGAAGCUCAAUCACAACCAUUACGAAAAUGUAUUUGUAACCGGUUCUUGCGAAUCUGAAAUUGGAUAUUUUCGCAUUCGAUUGAAUAUGUACGACACCGUGGAAAGUGUAACCUGCGUAAGCAGAAAGACAUUUCGAGUGCAGGACAUGAUUGUUUUAUAUGGGAAACAUGAGAGCAUGUUAAACGAAUUGAAAUUCCGUUUUCGAAAUUCAGAAGUCUCAGAUUUCUACGCGUAUUUUCGCGAACCUUGGGCCGCGGUGAUUCUUCAUGAUAGAUUCGAUUGUCUGCGCGUCGAAAAUCGGGCUACUUUGCUGUCGCGAACAGACAUUUAUGACAAUUCUUUGGUCGAUGAUUGCAUUCACACGUUAAUCAAAUCAAAGUGGAAAACGAUAUCCAAAAAGGAUCGAAAUUACAUCGAAUCUAGAUACGCUGGCUCGGCUUAUCAUCAAGAAUUAGAAAGUAAUCUCAUGAAGUUUCUCGAGUUUUACGAGAAUGAACUACCUAUGUAUUGUACUUUGCGUAAACAGCGUCAAAUGUAUAUGGACAUUAAAGAAAGUCCGUUAUAUUUUGACCAAUAAAACUUUUUGCAGAUUCUCUUGAUGAAGGGGCACGUAAAGAAAAAAAGGGCUAGAAAGAAUUAAUGUUUAAUUAUUUAAUU